AAUAUAGACACAGGGCAUGUUCUCCAUUAAUAUACCGAUCAUUCCGCGGUGUUGCGCUGGAGGUUUAAGUGUUCAAUUUCUUGCUCAAGUCUUUAUCUUCGCCACAGCUUCAGGUAUUGCUGAGGCCAAAGUGUACAUCCAACUGUAGUCUAGUUUUAGAAUGGAGUCUUCAACAGCUCCACUAGAAAUGCAUCUAACCCCCAGCCCGACUACUCCCUGGUACGACGCGGCCAACGGCAGCUCCUACAACUCCACGUUUGCCAGCCCACCGACGUACCUGACGACGUGGGUCACCCUUGCUAACGUCGUCGUCUUCAGCGUGGGCGUGUUUGGAAACACCCUGGUCAUCGUGGUGCUGGCCAGGGUCAAGGAGAUGAAGACGUCCACCAAUUUCUGCCUCAUGAAUCUCAGCAUCGCAGAUCUGCUAGUACUCCUCAUAUGCCAGCCUGCGGCCAUGUUGGAGUUCUAUGAGCAAGAGAAAUGGGUUCUGGGAGACUUCAUGUGUAAACUUGUAGUAUUUCUAGAGAAUCUUGUCACCAACGCCUCAAUCCUGAUCAUCCUGCUGGUCAGCUGCGGCCGGUACAACGCCGUCUGUAGGCCGCUCGAAGCAUACUCCAGGGGAAACAAGUCCAGGACCUUGAUUGCCAUGGCAAUGCUCUGGAUAUUCGUCAUCAGUGUUACGUCUCCUUUGCUGCAGAUGGCGCACACGACGGAGGAGUUCCACCUGGUGGACCACACGAUGGUCAGCAUCUGCAUCACGCCUAUCAAAUACACGUGGCACAAGGUCUACGUGAUCCUCACAUUCGUCUCCUUCUUUGUCGUCCCGCUGUGCAUUCUCGUCUACAUCUAUACCGUCAUCAUCUACAAGGUCCUCCGGAACUCCAUGCAUGGACAAGGCAAGGACUCCAGCAAGGUGCAGGCCAACAAUCCCCGCACGCAGCUUGUCAGCAUGCUCGUCGGCAUCAUCGUCCUCUUCUUCGUGUGUCUCCUUCCCUUCAGGAUCGUCGCUCUGUGGAUGGUGUUCGCUCCGAGCGAAGAGAUCAACAAACUGGAUCUGGAGCACCUGAUCAAUCUGAUGGCGUUCGUGAGAAUACUCAUCUACGUGAACAGUGCGGGGAACCCGCUCAUAUACCACAUGUUCUCGCAGAAGUUUCGCAAAGCCUUCAACAAGGCCGUUCAGUGUUCGAGGGGGGAGACGAGAAGGGGAUCCUCCCACACCGCGACGGUGACGCAUUACAGUUUCGCCAGGUCAAAUGAAUACGAAUGUGUUACAAGAAUCAAUUCGAGUAUGCCACAGUUAAACAUGAACUGACGAAUGGAUACUUACGGGACAUCUGUUGGAAAGAGCGAGAGAAAGAGAGGGUGAUCGAGAGAGAGAGAGGGUGAGAGAGAGAGAGAGAGAGAGAGAGAGAGAGAGAGAGAGAGAGAGAGAGAGAGAGAGAGAGAGAGAGAGAGAGAGAGAGAGAGAGAGAGCAUUGCUAGUGUGUAUUUAUUUUUGUACGCAAACAUGGAUGGAUGGAUGGAUGGAUGGAUGGAUGGAUGGAUGUACCUGGUGCCUCU